AGUUUCUCGUCUCUUAAUGUUCUCUUGCAAAGGGCCCGAGCUCAUGUUGUUGCUUUUAAAAUCACAAAUUCAGCAUAUUAAAUGGUGUGCCGCUCUUUCAAAGUCAAACAAAGUCAAACAUACACGGACAUUUACGGACAGACUCAUUCUGCGUCUUAUCAACAUCGCCGCCUGGCAGGCUACGCCCAUGGACAUUGUUGACUGCAAUUCAAGACGGUGUCCAGACCAGAGGCACAAACGUCGAUGACUCGUGUGUCCGACGUCCAUCAUGUGGGGGUGCCUGCUCGUCUUGUCCCUACUUGCCUCCGGCUCCCGGGCAUCCAGCUUCCUGAGCAUAGUGAUGAUCUAUGACCCCGACUUAAAUGAUACGGUGGCUGUCCGCUACAAAGUGGCUUCCCGAAACACGUGCAGCUUACCCCAUUGGACAUGCCAGUUGGAGGACUGUCCCUCAACUUCUUUGUUCUGGUACUUUCCGGGUGAAGAUUGUCAAUUUGUGGGACUCUCCCAUUAUAAUCUGAUCCAGUUUCCCCACUUGGUGCUGAACCUGGAUGAUCACCAGUGGAUCAACGUCACCAACAAUGUCACGGAGGUGGUGGCCGUCACACGCGUCAGCAUGUUGAGGAGGUCCGAUACCGGACGGAUAAACGUAUCCCCCCGGGCCAACGUGCUCCCCGUUCUCAGAGUUCCUUCCAACUGCAAGAGGAACGUGACGCUGCCCACCUUUGACCCUGACGGAGACGUGGUGACAUGUAGAUAUCAAAAUGUGACAUCUGUUCUCAAACUCCUGCCGGACUGUAAAAUGAUCUUCACCCCCGACAGCGCCAUCGCGGAGGGCGCGUACGCCGUGCAGCUGAUCAUGGAGGACUUUCCUCGCCAGAACAUCACUCUGUCCAACGACGUGGGGAAGAAGCUGCUUCUUACUCGCGAGGACGCCAUCGGCCAAAUCCCCAUCCAGUUUGUUCUGCAGGUGGAUUCUCCGGUGAAAUCCUGCGUGGAGGAACCUGCCUUCAGCCCCCCUACCCCAGCCAACGGGGAUCAUCUGUACACCUCAGUCAAUAAGACCGUGGAGAUCUCCAUCCAUUUAUUACGGCCAGUAUCUGGGAACUUGACGCUGCUGCUCAGCGGGCCGGUUACCAUGAGCCAGUCGAUCAUCGACGGCCAUCUUGUUUUGGUGUGGACGCCGAGUGAGACGGAUUUGAACCUGAGUCAGGCAGUCUGCUUUGCCCUCGAAACGGUCGAGGCGGCGCUGACCACGCGGCAGUCGGAGAUGCGCUGUGUCAUUGUGACAGUUCAUCCUGGCGUUGUGGUUGCAAUGAGAGCCAGCGUCCAGUCCUUGUUCCCGCUUUCCGUGGAGGACAUCCGGGGAUUCGCCUUAACGCAGCAGCUGAAGGAGGGGCUGGUGACGCUGGGGUUGCCCUCUGACAUCAUGCUGAGAUUAGUGGACUACAGUGAGAAGAGCACAGCAACAACACCUUUGGACGGGGAGUAACUGGAAUGCGCCCUGAGUGAACUGUGAUUUUGGCGACCUCUCUUUUGUGCCAAUUAGAUUGUUAAUCAUUCAUGCACCUCUGAAUCAAAAACCUGCAGCGGCGUUACAUUGCCGCCACUGUCUUGGCGGCACUUGGGUUGCACCAAUAUCUUUUUUUUUCCCCCCCCCCAGCACAAGUACUUAUAUUCGAGUGCUUGCCGAUACCAAGCAUAGAAGAUUAAUAAUGGCA